GUGCAUGAAGAUCAAAGGAAAGAGGCAUACGGAAACUUAAUUAGAAAGAUGAUUUUGAAAAGUAGUGUGAUUAGUAAUUGCAUUGGUAACCUUAGCGGUUAUGGGUAUUAUAUAAAACCCAAAUUUUGUACUAGGCGCGAAUUUCUCGGUAUUGAUGAAUUUGAGAAAAUCAAAUUGGAUAUUAUUGAAUAA